AUGGCGAGCGCCCACGCCGGCCCCGGGCUUGCCGGCACCGCGGCCUCGCAUCCCUACACGUGCAACACUUGCCAGGUCGCCUACCGCAACAUCGACCUGCAAAAGGGCCACAUGAAGAGCGACUGGCACCGAUACAACCUCAAGCGUCGCGUCGCCUCGUUGCCUCCGCUCUCGUCCGAAGUCUUCUCCGAAAAGGUCCUCCAGGCCCGUGCGGCCACGUCGGCAGAGGCCGGCAAGGCCCUCUUUGAGCGCCUUUGCGACGCCUGCGACAAGACCUACUACAGCGAAAAUGCCUAUCGGAACCACCUGCUCAGCCAGAAGCACAACUCAACCUUUUCCCUCGGCGAGCCUACCGCCCUCGCCCAGGACCCUUUCGACACCGAUGCAGAGGAUGAGUUUAACCAAGUCAUUGAAAGCCUGCAAAACGCAAACGUCUCGCACCAACGGCCCUCGCCCGUCAAGCGGCCCUCCAACCCGCGACCCCUGCCGCCCGACGCCGACAGCGCCGACAAUGACGGCGCUUCGACGCCCACGACGACUCCCGGCCCCGAGCCGGCCUGGACCCCCGAGUCGUGCCUCUUUUGCAACUACGCCUCGCCUACGGUCGCCCUCAACGCCACCCACAUGGAGCGCUUCCACGGCAUGUUUAUUCCCGAGAAGCCCUAUCUCGCAGAUCUUGACGGCCUCAUCAAGCACCUCCAGCGCCAGGUCGGCCAAGACCACGAGUGCCUGGGCUGCGGCAAGAUGAAGUCGACCGUGUUCGGCGUGCAGACGCACAUGCGUGACAAGGGCCACUGCAAGAUACCCUUUUCGACCGAGGAGCAGCAGCUGAGGAUUGGCGACUUUUACGACUUCCGGAGCACCUACUCGGACGGCGAGCAAGACGACUCGGACAGCGACGUGACCGAGGGAGAGCGCGGCGGCGCCAGGCUGGGCUCCAAACGGCGCACCAAAUUGACGGGCGAGGACGGCCAGGAGCUCAACGGCGACGGCGAUGGCGACGGCGACGGGUGGGAGACGGACAGCUCGGUUUCAUCGCUCGACUCAGCCGACCUGACGGCGGUGCCGGCCGAGGGGCACAUUCACCAGUUUGAGCGCCUCAGCAAGCACCCGCACCAUUCGCACCACGACCCGGGCCAUCGACACCAGGUCGACGGUUGGCACUCCCGGGCGCACAAGCACACGCAUGCCGUCUUCCACGACGACUACGAGCUGCACCUGCCGUCGGGCAAGUCGGUGGGGCAUCGCUCGCUCAACCGAUACUUCCGGCAGAACCUGACGCACUACCCGACGCCCGAGGAGCGGGCUGAACAGCUCGCCAUUGAGGGCUCCGGGUCCGGGCGGGAAGGAGAGGAGGAGGCCACGAGCGGCAGGGACGUGGCGGUGCGGGACGGACGUGGCCGGGCGCUGCUGCCGCGGGGGGCUGAGGGCAUGAUGGGCGUCUCGGACGACAAGAAGCGGGUGGCGCGCAAGGGCCAACAGCGCGGACGGGACGCGGAGAAGCAGCGGGAGAAGCAAAACGCCUGGUCGUACGGCAAGCGGGCCAACAACCAAAAGUCGUACUACUACCGCUACGACGGCGGUGGCUAG